GCCGCCUUCUCAGCUCCCGUUAUUUGCAUUACUGCGCUGUUUAGACUAUAUUCCCACGCUUUGACUUGGACAAACUGAGGAUGUCGGGAAGCUCCGGGAACGGGAAGUUGCGUCAGUGGCUGAUCGAGCAGGUGGACACUGGGAAAUAUCCCGGCUUAGUUUGGGAGGAUCGAGAGCGGACCGUCUUCCGCAUCCCGUGGAAACACGCAGGGAAGCAGGACUACAACAGAGACGAGGACGCCGCGCUCUUCAAGGCCUGGGCUCUGUUUAAGGGCAAGUAUCGCGAGGGAAUAGAUAAACCGGAUCCUCCCACCUGGAAAACCCGGCUCAGGUGCGCCUUGAACAAGAGCAGCGACUUCGAGGAGCUCGUGGGCCGAAGCCAGCUGGACGUAUCAGAACCGUUUAAAGUUUACCGCGUUAUUCCUGAGGGAUCCAAAAGAGCACCAAAAUCAUAUGAAAAAGUUUCCACAAGCUUGGGUCACCAUAACUACCCGUUUUAUCCUCCAUAUGAACCCGUGGAGGGUCAGGUGUGUAACUUCCUGUCUGCCGCUGACAGGAGCUCGAGGGACUUCCUGUGUGAGCAGAACUCACUGUCCGAUGUCCACUUCAGCCAGAACUUACGCUGGGAUGCUGGGUACCAGAUAAGUGGCUCUUUCUACAGCUGUAACACGUUUGACUCGCCUCCCUCUCCGUUCACCCUGGACGCCAGCAUGAGAUCAGCCGAGGCCAUGGCACUGUCAGACGCCCGUCUGCAGGUGACGGUGUUCAGCGGUGAGACUCUGGUCGCGGAUGUCACCGUCAUGAGCGCCGAGGGCUGUCGACUGGCUCCACAUGACGACAACUGGACCUUCAGCGGCCCGGGUGGCCCGGAGCUGUCUCCCCCACAAUACCCACCCACUGGAAUGCUCUUUCCACAGAGCGGAAAAACACGAUUGGUUUAUAAUGCAUUAAUUCCUGCAGAGCUCCAGGGUUAUUUCCUGCACGCUCGUCCUCCUCCGCGUUUCCACGUGCAGCUGUUUUUUGAGUGCUGUGACCCUUCUGCAGACAACAGACCCCUGACGGUCCAGGUGGAGCCACUGUUCGUCCGUCAGCUGCUGCUCCUCCUCCAGCAGGGCGGUGUGAACUACAUGAGGAGCACCCAUGAACUUUGUCCUCUGACCCCUGAGCCGGUUUACCCCGCCCACCAAGAUAAUCCUGUCAUCAGCGGACACCAAACGCUCGGCAACUUCAUACAAGAGUGACCCCAAAACAGUUACAAGACAUUAAGACACCAAUCUUUAAUAUAUAGUUAAUAAUAUUAAUA